AGUUAAAGUUAGAUUAAAAUUUUAUAAAGUUGGCGGCAGAGAGUCUCGCGAGUUCUUAUCUACCCUCGCUUAAGUUCUAUUAGUAUGCAGAGAAAGUAAUUUAUCGACGCUUAAGUUAAUGCGGAAGGAAAGGGCAUAACGGCCACGCUUGGCCAUGCAACUACCGGCGAUAGCGUCGCCGUUUUGCGACCCCUUCGCCCGCCCUUCUUGUAAUUCUGGAUCACAAUUAUAGCGCGUUAUGGCUUAAUCGCGAUUCGACAUGUCAAUCGAGCAUUUCGAUUUUAUUUUUUGCGCUAACGAUGCGCGAGCAUCGAAUGAUUCAGCGAUAAGCGUAAAAGCGUGUGUCAGAAAAGAUUGUCGUUUUCGUUUGGAACUUCACAACAGGCCGUUUCCCAUUACGUACAUACCUCACUGCAUUCUGUAAUUUUUACUGGAAAGCAAAUAUUAAUUUUACGUAAAGUCUGACUUAUUUUAUCUACAUACAAAAUAAAACAUUGAAGAAUAUAACAACUUCAGGUAAAGAGUGAAUUUCGAGAGGAUAAUAUGUAACUUGUACUAUAUGUGUUUAUUAUUAUUAAUUACGUAAUACGUUGACAUGUCGAGAUAAAGAGGUUUACAGAAAAGUUGGUUUAAUAACAAGAAUGAAAAAGUUCAAGAAUAAAAAUUAAAAAAUUAAAAACUUAAACAAAUUAAAGUAAAAAGAUAAAUAAAAACUAAAAAUUUCAAAAAAACAGUAUUCAAAAUGGCAAUAUUACAAAAACAAUAAAAAAACGAAACUUAAUUAAAGUGUGGCGGGUAAGCGCGGGAGACCGAAAGGAUUAAAGCAGGAGAGCGAAUAUUAUAAUGCACAGAGGAAUCACAAUUUUGGGAUAAAGUCGAUUAUGAGUGUGAUGCAAUGAAUAAAUUAAUCAAGAAAUCGAGUGAGUUUUAUAUCGGUUUAAUAUAAAGCGCUUUGGUUUAAUGUAAGAAAUUUUAAGAUGUCCGAGUUACAAGUACAUGUCUGUUGAGGCUAGCGAAUACUUGGCGAGAGAGCGUUUCUUCUCUCGUCCGCUUUAUAUCGUAUAUCCUUCGAAUGACCGUUCGGUCCGUAAAUUUGAAGCUGUUUAUUAUUUUUCGUACCUAUUCGAAUCUUCUCUACUUUGUACAUAUUAUAUUUCUGCCGUGUUGCUUGCUAUCGAGCUAAGCAUGUUUAUAUCAACUGCUCAACGUUGACAAAUAAGUUAUUUGUCUCCGCGAAUAUUAUUUUCAAAUUUAUCGGUUGGGCAUGUAGCGAACGAUCGUCAUACAAUAAAUAUCAUUUUAAUAAAUGAAUUAUGAAUCAUGAAAAUAUAACAGUUUUCUCGGUGGAUUUAAACUUAGCGAGGUUUUGAGAUACGCGGGCGGAUAGAACUUAGUGCGUGAUUUCGGAUAGUCGAUGGUAAAGAGUAGAGAGAGCGGGUAUGGUUGUGCAAAGCUUUAUAUAGGGGUGAAAAUUAACACCUUUCUUUGCAUCUUCAAAUUAAAAAAGGCGUAAGUUAGGAAACUUGAAACGUCAAUGGUCAGUGGAAAUGCAGAAGAUCAUCAAGGAAAGAUUGAGAAAAAAUGCUGGUUAUAACAUAUGUUUCAUAUAAAUUUUGAAAACUCUGAAACAAUGAAAAUAACCAUUGCAUGGAAAGAGGCACGUUCUCUCAUUGAUUUUCCGAAACAUAUGUUAGGCAUAGCCUAAAUCAAUAACUGAGAAUUCUUGAACAUUCUAUGUGGUCUCGAAUAUUUCUUUAUCUUGAACAUAAAGUAUAAAAAAAAAUUUAAAAAUGCAAUAUUAGACAAAACCUAAGCAAAUUAAAAAAAAAAAUAAAAAUAAACACUAUAAAAAAUUGCUUCAAAAAGUUUGAAAUAAAAAUUUAAAAAUAAUAAUUAAAAAUUGAAAAUUACAGAAGUAGCCCUAUUGUCAACAGCAACCAUUAAUACUCUCUUCUCUUCUAUCAAUUAUCUAUUUUUUCUAUUUUUUUAAAUAGAUUAAUUAAUGACAAUUAUACGCUUUAAACUAAGCUUGGUUAAUAAAAAAUUUAUGUGCGAGAAUUGAUAUCAUAUCAUGCAGUAGUUACUGAAAACUAAGAUAACAAAGGUACACUCGGUGAAACGCAGUACUCUCUCCGUCCUUUGUCAACCAUCGUAAGAAAAGACAAAUGCGGGACGAGAGAGAGGGCAAAGAAGGGACAGGAUCCGAUAGCGUAUGGUGCGAUAGCCCACCAAUCAAUCAUCUUGACUUAUCUAAACCAACCAACGAAAAAAUUCUAAGCAUCGACCGCUGUAAGUGGUGGUGUGUGUUGGUCUCGUGUGCUAUCGGGGUCCGCUCAUCUUCGAAAAAAAACGGAAAAAUAUUUUUGACCAAUCACAAAUAAACUAGACAAAGAGAGGAAGAUCAUUCAUGAACUACUUCUUUCUUUCUACAUUCACACCUUUUGGUCUUUGAGCAUGGGUCUAUCUAUCUAAGAUUAGAUUAUAGUUCAUUAACAUAACACUAGUAGUACACAUACAUAACAAAUAUAAAAGAUAGUUCUGGGUAUAGAGAGAUAUCUAGUUGUACGAAACGCUCAGUGAUGAAAUGGCUCGUGACCCAAGCACAUCUCUUUGCCCAUAGUCUACUGAAUUUAUAACAAUUUCUAAUAAACUAAUUAGAAACUUGAAGAAAGACAAUUGAAAAAGUGCAGUAACGUAAUUAAUAUUUUUACCUUUGUUAGUGAUAUUAAUAUUACUAUAACAGUGCAAAGUGUGGAAAUUGUUUUCAUCAAUCAAAGUAAAAAAAAAUUACGGUAAUUAGAACCAAUUAUAAUCAAGAAAGUUGUGUGCGUGUACAAAUAAUCCGGAGAUUUCUUGAAUAAAAUAAACAAUGGAGUUGUUUGCUUUAUUUCUGGCUAUUCUGACAGCGAGCAUUUGUCUAUACUAUUUUGUUUCAAACAAGUUAAAUUAUUUUGAUCGACUGCAAAUCCCGUAUGUGCAACCGAUUCCAAUUUUGGGCAACAUGGCACGUGUCAUUUUCGGACGUAUGUCCAUGGCGGAACGUAUACGAAGCAUUUACAAUCUUUUUCCGGACGAAAAAUAUGUUGGAUUCUACGAUUUUACGAGGCCUACCUUCAUUAUUCGUGAUCCAGAGAUAAUUUCAACGAUUGCCAUCAAACAUUUUGAUAACUUCUGCAACCAUCGUAGCGUCGUGAACGAAUCACUGGAUUCGAUAGCCAGUAGAAAUCUGGUCAGUUUGCAAGGACACCGUUGGCACAAAAUGCGAAAGCUUCUCAGCCCUUCUUUUGCACCCAGCAAAUUAAAGAUGAUGUUUGGACUUAUGAGUGAGUGUGCCGAAAAUUCGAUCAAUUUUGUAGUAACGGAAUCUGGAAAAACUGGCAAGACGUUUGAUAUAAAUGAUUUAUUUUUGAGAUAUGCCAACGAUACGUUGGCCACCUGCGCUUUCGGCAUCAAAAUAGAUUCGUUCAACGAUCCGAAAAACUCAUUCUUUAUGAUUGGGAAAGAAGGAAUGACGUUUAAUUCUUGGAAAUAUUUCAAAUUUUUUAUGAACAGAAAUUUCCCGCUAAUUGCGAAACUUUUGAAGCUGAGACUGAUUGGCUCGAGAACAGAAAAUUUUUUCAAAGACAUCGUUACCACUGUUGUAAACGCCAGAGAUGAACAGGAAAUUAUUCGUCCGGACAUGAUUCAGUCAAUGAUGGAGACCAGGAACAAAGAUAGCGGACCCGAAUUCGAUAUCGACGAAAUGACUGCCCAAGCAUUUGUUUUCUUUGUCGCCGGAUUUGAUUCUGUGGCAACAGCCAUGUGUUUUAUUGCGCACGAAAUUGGUGUCAAUCCCGAUGUUCAAAAUAAAUUGAGAAAGGAAAUCGAUGACGUCCUUAGAUGGACCGACGGAAAACCAACAUACGAUGCUAUUAAAGAUAUGAAGUAUUUGGAUGCUGUGGUAACUGAAACUCUCAGACUAUAUCAAGGACCAGCUUUCAUUGACAGAAUAUGUGUCAAUGAAACCGAAUUGCCACCAGCAACUUUGGACGGCGAACCGAUUAUUAUAAAGCCAGGAGAUACUGUAUGGUUCCCUGGUUUUUCUCUUCAUCGUGAUCCAAAGUACUACUCGGAUCCAGACAAGUUCGAUCCAGAAAGAUUUCUGGACAAUAGUGUGAACAACUCGAUCUAUAUGCCAUUUGGUAUCGGGCAAAGAUUCUGCAUUGCUAAACCCUUUGCUCUAAUGGAAGCAAAAAUAAUGCUAUUUUAUUUACUUUGGAAAUGCGAUCUCAAACCCGAUGUGAAAACCAAAAUUCCUCUGGUGAUUAGCAAAACAUCAUUCACCAUAACAGCAGAAGGAGGCUUCUGGUUGAAGUUACGUCCAAGGAAUUCGAAAGCUCCUGUUGUAUGUUUGCCUAAUGAGCACAGAAAUGAAAAUUAAAGAUGAGAUUAUACCCGCAUUCGGACAAGUUCAAUCCAGAAUGAAUCUUAGUGGCAAUGUGGACAAGUAUGUGCCAUUUGAUAUUGGGUCAAGAAUCAUCAGCAUCGGUAAUAGGUUCUCCCUAAUGGAAGAAAAAGUCAUGGUUUUCUAUCUACUUUGGCGUUGCGAGCGCGAGCAGUACGGCAGCAGUCGGUCGUAAAAAGUAGUUUGGUCUAACAAUAAGUAUUAAUAAAAGUUUAACCAAUAACAAAAAAAAAAAAAAUAUAUUUUUACGAACGAUUUUUUACUAAAGUAAUUGUAUGUAAUGUUGUGGUGAAGACUACUUUUAGCAAUUUUCAUGUUUUAAUAUAAUAAAACAAUUUAUCACACGAGUAAUAUAAUAUACGUAGUUUGGUGAAUUUAAUAUAAUAUAAAAAUUCUAUAGGAUAAGAUUUCUUAGGAUAAAAAAACAAGGAUCUUAUUUUACUAGCAUAUGAACUAAUGUACAUAACCAUAGCGAUUUUAAAAGAUAAAUUCUUUAUUUAUUAUUAUAUAAUAACAAAUAUAACAUGUGUAUUUUUUAAUGAGUAUAAAUUUUAACACACUAUAACCAUCAAAAAUAAUUUAUGAUUUUCCAUUUUUUGCA